AUGGUCAAGCAAGGAUUGUGUCACCCACCACCUCCUUGGUUCCUGUACCCUGCCCUGUCACACCAUCUACCAACCACCCACCCACCUCCUUGGUUCCUGUACCCUGCCCUACCCUACUACACCACCUACCAACCACCCACCACCUCCUUGGUUCCUGUACCCUGCCCUACCACACCACCUACCAACCACCCACUACCUCCUUGGUUCCUGUACCCUGCCCUGCCCUGCCCUACCACACCACCUACCAACCACCCACCACCUCCUUGGUUCCUGUACCCUGCCCUGCCCUACCACACCACCUACCAAACCACCCACUACCUCCUUGGUUCCUGUACCCUGCCCUACCACACCACCUACCAACCACCCACCCACCACCUCCUUGGUUUCCGUACCCUGCCCUACCACACUACCUACCAACCACCCACCACCUCCUUGGUUCCUGUACCCUGCCCUACCACACCACCUACCAACCACCCACUACCUCCUUGGUUCCUGUACCCUGCCCUGCCCUACCACACCACCUACCAACCACCCACUACCUCCUUGGUUCCUGUACCCUGCCCUACGACACCACCUACCAACCACCCACCCACCACCUCCUUGGUUUCUGUACCCUGCCCUACCACACCACCUACCAACCACCCAUCACCUUCUUGGUUCCUGUACCCUGCCCUACUACACCACCUACCAACCACCCACCCACCACCUCCUUGGUUUCCUGUUACCCUGCCCUACCACACCACCUACCAAACCACCCACCACCUCCUUGGUUCCUGUACCCUGCCCUACUACACCACCUACCACACCACCCACCACCUCCUUGGUUCCUGUACCCUGCCCUACCACACCACCUACCAACCACCCACCACCUCCUUGGUUCCUGUUACCCUGCCCUACCACACCACCUACCAACCACCCACCACCCUCCUUGUUCCUGUACCCUGCCCUACCACACCACCUACCAACCACCCACCACCUCCUUGGUUCCUGUACCCUGGCCUACCACACCACCUACCAACCACCCACCACCUCCUUGGUUCCUGUACCCUGCCCUUACCACACCACCUACCAAACCACCCACCACCUCCUUGGAUCCUGUACCCUGCCCUGCCCUACCACACCACCUACCAACCACCCACUACCUCCUUGGUUCCUGUACCCUGCCCUACCACACCACCUAGCAACCACCCACCACCUCCUUGGUUCCUGUACCCUGCCCUGCCCUACCACACCACCUACCAACCACCUACUACCUCAUUGGUUCCUGUACCCUGCCCUACCACACCACCUACCAACCACCCACCCACCACCUCCUUGGUUCCUGUACCCUGCCCUACCACACCACCUACCAACCACCCACCACCUCCUUGGUUCCUGUACCCUGCCCUACGACACCACCUACCAACCACCCACCACCUCCUUGGUUCCUGUACCCUGCCCUACCACACCACCUACCAACCACCCACUACCUCCUUGGUUCCUGUACCCUGCCCUACCACACCACCUACCAACCACCCACCACCUCCUUGGUUCCUGUACCCUGCAAUUCCACACCACCUACCAACCACCCACCACCUCCUUGGUUCCUGUACCCUGCCCUACCACUCCACCUACCAACCACCCACCACCUCCUUGGUUCCUGUACCCUGCCCUGUCCUACCACACCACCUACCAACCACCCACUACCUCCUUGGUUCCUGUACCCUGCCCUACCACUCCACCUACCAACCAACCACCCACCACCUCCUUGGUUCCUGUACCCUGCCCUGCCCUACUACACCACCUACCAACCACCCACCACCUCCUUGGUUCCUGUCCCCUGCCCUGUCACACCACCUACCAAACAUCCACCCACAUCCUGCAACACAACCACCAGCGACCCACCACCCACGUCCAGGCCAGCCCUGUGGUAUGAUGUUCCCCUCCAUCCCAUACUAA